AUGAGCUUUAGAAAUGCACUUCAAGCCUAUAUAGACGAUCCUGAUCGCUUCAAAGAUGUCAUUUUGUAUAGUGACGAGAAUGCUCUUAUAAUAAAGGACAUGUAUCCGAAAUCUAUAAGACACUAUUUAGUUAUACCAAAAGAUAAGAAGGUCACUCAUUUGCAUCCAUUAGGGGCCUUUAAAAGCGACGUCUCGUUAUUCAUUAAGUUUGAUACUUAUAUUGAGAUUGCGAAGCGUUUGAUAGUCGAUGAUCUUCUUGAGAGUGGCUUGCUUAGUCGAAACGACAGUGAUAAACCAUAUCUUUCAGAAUUUUCAAGUCAGUUUAUAAAGGCCGGGGUUCAUGCUGUUCCAUCCUUAAAUAAUCUACAUAUUCAUGUCAUAACAAAUGACUUUUUUUCUUCACGGCUAAAGAACAAGAAACAUUACAACUCAUUUACUACUGCAUUUUUUGUGGAUUACAGCGCUUUGGAACCAAAAGAAGAGAGUGAUGAAGAAGAUCCAGAGAGCUCAGAUUCGAGCUGCAACACACAUUCAAUAAGCAAAAUAGGUGAUUCAUUUUAUCUUCAGCUUUUAAAAAGCACUCCAAUGCGCUGUUCAUAUUGCGGAGUUCUGUUUGGAAAUAAAUUUCUAAAAUUGAAGGACCAUCUUGAAAUUGAAUUUUGCCAAAAAUUCAAGGUCAGCAAAACUGAGGCAUCUCGUAUUGAUCCAAAUGAGUCUACGCGAGUUCUGUUGACUCCAAAGCUAAAUUGA